CUCAGCGCCGCCCCGGGGAGGUGCAGAGGCCGCAUUAUGGGGGCCUGCCUGGGGGUCUGCUCGCUUCUCAGCUGUGUGUCCUGCCUGUGUGGCUCAGCACCAUGCCUGCUCUGCGGCUGCUGCCCCUCGGCCAGGAACUCCACCAUCUCCCGUCUGCUCUUCACCUUCUUCCUCUUCCUCGGUACGCUUGUCUCCAUCAUCAUGAUCAUCCCUGGCGUGGAGAAGGAACUGCACAAGCUCCCAGGUUUCUGCAGGGGCAGCGACUCAGUGCUGGGGGUUCAAGCUGACGUUGACUGCAGUGGUUUCCUGGGCCAUAAGGCCGUGUACCGCAUGGGCUUUGCCACAGCUGCCUUCUUCUUCCUCUUUGCUGUGCUGAUGGUGUGUGUGCGCAGCAGCAAGGACCCGAGAGCUGCCAUACAGAAUGGCUUCUGGUUCUUCAAGUUCCUGCUGCUGGUGGGGCUCACAGUGGGGGCCUUCUACAUCCCUGAUGGCUCCUUUACAUCAGUUUGGUUCUACUUCGGCGUGGUCGGCUCCUUCCUCUUCAUCCUCAUCCAGCUCAUCCUCCUCAUCGACUUUGCCCACUCCUGGAGCCAGCUGUGGCUGCGCAAUGCAGACGAGAGCAAUGCCAAGGGCUGGUAUGCAGCCCUUUGCAUUGUCACCUCCAUCUUCUAUGCUGCCUCCAUCACGGCCAUUGCUUUGCUCUAUGUCUACUACACCAAACCCCAGGGCUGCACGGAGGGCAAAGUCCUCAUCAGCAUCAACCUCAUUCUCUGCCUUAUUAUCUCGGCCGUAUCCAUCCUGCCCAAAAUCCAGGAAGCUCAGCCACACUCAGGGCUGCUGCAGGCAUCUCUCAUCACCCUUUACACCAUCUUCAUCACUUGGUCUGCCCUGGCCAAUGUCCCCAGUAAGUGCUCUCAUUGCCUUGGGGGGGUGCGUGGGGUCAGGGAUGGCACUGACACCUGUGACCCCCCCCUCCCAGCCCAGGAGUGUAACCCCACACUGCUGCUGAGAAACAGCACUGGCUCAGCUGCAGACCCACAGCUGACAACGUGGUGGGACGCGCCGAGCAUUGUGGGGCUGGUGGUCUUCAUCCUCUGCACGCUCUUCAUCAGCAUCCGCUCCUCAGACCACACCCAGGUCAAUAAGCUGAUGCUGACGGAGGAGAGCGGGGCUGGAGCUGGGACUGAGGCAGCAGCAGAGAGCGGGGUGCACCGAGCCUACGACAACGAGCAGGAGGGCGUCACCUACAGCUACAGCUUCUUCCACCUCUGCCUCCUCCUUGCUGCCCUCUACAUCAUGAUGACCCUCACCAACUGGUACAGGCCUGAUGACAGCCUGCAGAUGCUGCACAGCCCCUGGACGGCCGUGUGGGUGAAGAUCAGCUCCAGCUGGGCCGGGCUGCUGCUCUACGUGUGGACGUUGGUGGCCCCCCUGGUGCUGCCAGAGCGGGAUUUCAGCUGAGCACUGCUGCAGGGUCCCCUCCUUGCCCAGUGCCUUACAUCUAGACUUGAGUUUUGCACGUGGGUUUUGUGCCUUCUUGUGGAUUUUCUAUUUUAAUUUAAAAGGGAUAAAGUGCCAAGCAGGGGCAAUCAGCGAGAAGGCUGAGAAUGACUUGAGGAUUGCUGUAAAGCUCUUCUACCCUCUGUGCUUGUCUAGUGCCUUCAGCAGUGCCUCCAGCCCCUCCUCUUUCAGUGUUUGGAGGGGGUUGCACAGGAUGCUCUCACCUGCCUUGGUGCCCUGGGACUGUGGUGCCUUUUGGAUGGUGAUAAGGAACCAGAACCUGGCAUCAGGCACUUACCCAGGGAGCCCUGAGGACAGCCAUGCUGGGGGCUGAGUGUUGCUUGUGCCCC